AUGAGCGGGUUACUAAAACGCAAGUAUGAGGCCCUGGAAGACUAUUCCACAUACUCCUCCUCGUCUUCAUCAUCUCCAUCCUCAUCUGCCACCUCUUCAGGAGGGGAAUCUGAUGACGAAUACAGCUACAGUCCAAGGCCGAUCAUUAGGGAUUAUACCCCUGUAUCCAUUUUAAAGAAAGCAAAACUUGCAAAGAAGAACAAAGUACAUUUUGACCGGGUGGUCGUGUUCUACUUCCAGCGAUGCCAAGGGUUUUACGAGUGUGCCGAGCCGGGGUGGUUUGCACUCUGGGCAUGCGGCGGAAACACAGCUAUAGCCGGCAAUUUACUAUGGAAGAAUUUUCAAGGGAACAGUUGACCCGACGCAGGGAGAAAUUAAAGGAGCGCUUAAAAGAAGAGAAGCUGAUGGCAUUAAAAAAUAUGUUUACAAUGAACGGUACAAUAGAGUCAGAAAAGGCCAAUAACCUCAGCAUAGAUGACAUCUGUGAUGAAGAUAUCGACAUGACCAAUGCAGAGAUUGAAGAUGGUUUCAGUCCUCGCAUGUACCCUGCCAAAAAACGAAGGGCACUGCUCAAACGAGAAGGUGUAAAAAAGAUUGACAAAACGGAAAAGUAUGAGCUUAAUGAAAUCCGGAAGUCACGAGAACAAUGCGGGUGUGAUUGCCAGGAUUUCUGUGAUCCAGAAACUUGCAGCUGUUACUUGGCAGGAAUUAAAUGUCAGAGGGAUCAUUCCACUUUUCCAUGUGGAUGUACAAAGGAUGGUUGUGGAAACCCAAAUGGAAGAGUAGAAUUCAAUUCAUCCCGUGUGCAGACCCAUUUUAUCCAUACGGUUAUGAAGCUUGAGCUUGAGGAAAAGAAUCAAAAUAAUGAAAGACACGAUGAGACCGACGUAACCUGCAGUGAACAAUUUGAUUCCUUUGGGUGUUCAUCACUUGAGGACAGUGAAGAAGAAGAAGAUGAUGACAGGACUGUUCCUACCACCACAUCCACCAGUUCCUCCGCCUCUAAUUCCCCAACGUCAUCCCCUUAUCAUUUCAAUGUAGACUUGGAACCAGCAAAUGAGAACAGUUGUAGUAGUGACACCACAGACAGUUCAAGUUCCUCUUCUCAGAGUGAAGUCUCUGAAGGUCCUUAUGAACUUGCCUCUUCAUCUGAUAAAUCCCAGUCAGACUUGGAGGAAGACUAUCUUGCUAGGAUUCUUCAUUUCAAUGAUUCAGAGUACGAGGAAAACAGCAGUGACUGCCAGGACAACUUAAGUUUUUUUCAUAGCACGGAUUUUUUCUGUGACAAGGUUUACGAGUCCCUUUCUAGUUCAGAAAAAUCCAAUAGUGAGGUGUAUUCAAACACCUUAUCGAACGUUACAAAAUGUGUAGAUGAAAACGCAAACCAAGGCGCAGAUUGCUUUUCGAACAAUGGGGUAUCUGUGGCCGUCUCUACUGAUUCUACUGUGACACAAGGAGAGCCACUCUUAAAAAACUAUAUGGAUAUCAGCCUUUCUUCAGAAAAUUUUGACUUGCCUGAUGAACCAGAUUUCAAUUUUGGACCUCUUUACAAUUCGUUAAGCGAAUAUGAUAAUUUGUGUUCUCAGCAGUGUCUAUUAACAUUCUUUCCUGGAUUUCCACCAGCGACAGACGCAACUGCAAGCUUCUUAGAAUCUUUGAUUAGCUCCUCGGAAUCCUCUGGUGACAAUCAAUAUUUAGAAGAUGCCUUAAAAAUCGCCAUCUCCUUUUGAAUCGCUUAUAGCGUAA